AUGGAGGACGAUGACGACCCGAUAUCUCGCGCCUUGACGUCCCGCAGAAUCCCACAUGGUCGCUCAGGAAGGAAAGGCAAAGGCGGCGGACGCGGCGGCAACAAGCCCUUUGAUCCACUACGAGCGCUCGGACGCUACGACUUAUCGGUCGGUUCCAACACUCCUUCGAAAUCGCGCAUGGGACGAAAUGGCAACGAGCAAGCAUCCCACAUGUGGCUAGAGCUCCACGAAUUGACGCAGAGUGAGGAUGGACUACUUGGUACCUUCAACUUCGAAGAAUCAAAGCAAGAAGCAGACAUGCGCGUCAGCGGAAUGUGUGUCCUGGCUGGCAGUAGGAAAACAUUGUCGCGCAUAAUUGAGGAGCUCGAAGAAGACGUAGAGACUUCUGAGAACGCAGGCGGAAGAAAUAUGCGCGAACAGACUGAGGAACUUGACGGUGACGGCAGUGGCGACGACGUUGACUCGUUCGAACCAGACCUUGACAACCGCGCAUCUGCGUUCGAAAAGAACUCCUUCCGCACUCCCAAGUUCUGGAUGCGGUGGAGAGCCCAACACCUAGCCGCAGAUGGACCGUCAGCGCACACCUCUGUCUCGCAAUCCGACCGAGCUUACCUGGUCUUCUCUGGGAAUGACUGCGAGCGAUUCGAAGGAUCAUUGACGUGCUCUGCGCUAGGUUGGGACAAUAUCAAGUGCGACAGGGAGGCUAUGCAGGAAAAGGACGGCUGGCACCGCAUCACAGCUCCGCGGUACAACAGCACGACAACGCAACAGACGAGGUCGUCGCGGCGCUGCAGAUAUGUCGUGGUCGAGCGACAGCAACAUUGUGUGAAGCGCGAUGCCUUGUAUAUGGCAAACCAUGGCGCAAGCUGUCUCGUGUCUUCGCUCACCGCAACCAGAUAUACGUCGAAGCAAGACUGCGCUCACCUCCCGGCGUCACCACAUCCUCUGAUCCUGCCUAGCAAGACGACUGAUCCUAGCAUCAUCACCGAUCACACGGACCGAGCACCUAGCAAAGCAGCUUGCGUGGCGCCAUCUGAAGCCGAAGAACGAACUGAGGUCACUAGCAGCGCACUCGCGUGUAGGCUUGAAGAGGCAAACGCAAGCGGGUGUGGCAGCGAUGAUCAAAAGCGUGGUUCUGGUCGCCGCAUGAUCACGCUUCAGUAA